AUGACUGUGUACAUCUGUCCGGAAACUGGAGAUGAUAAUAAUGAUGGCAGCGAACUGAAACCUUUGAGUAAGAACAACGAAGGAUGGGAAACAGAUGUGGGAAGCUGCCUCAAAGACGGCACUAAAGAAAAAUCAGAAACGUUACGAACAGGAAAUGUUGAAGAGAAAAAAGUUACAGCAAAGAAGAAUGCAGUGGAAGUGGGAGCAACAACGGCCCUUGAAGAAGCGAAAAAGGUGCAUAUAGAACUGAAUAUGAGUCUAUCAUGUCUCACAGGUCUGAAGAUUCGUGAUCUUAUUAAGCACCGUAAUGAACGUGUCUGCGUCAAAGGAUGGGUUCAUCGAAUACGUCGACAAGGGAAGUCAUUGAUGUUUUUUGUUCUUCGGGAUGGAACUGGUUUCCUUCAAGUGGUGCUCAUGGAUAAACUGUGUCAGACGUAUGAGGCUCUCAGUGUGAACACCGAAAGCACGGUUGAGAUUUACGGUGUAGUAAAAGAAGUUCCCGAAUGUAAAGAGGCACCGAAUGGGCACGAGUUAAUAGCUGAUUUCUGGAAAGUAAUAGGAAACGCACCCUCUGGAGGUAUUGAUAAUGUACUGAACGAAGAAGCUGGUGUCGACAAAAUGUUGGACAAUAGACAUUUGGUUAUUCGAGGUGAAAAUGCUGCUGCUUUGCUACGUUUGAGAGCAGCUACUACUCGAGCAAUGCGAGAGCAUUUUUAUAAUGCCGGCUAUGUAGAAGUCGCUCCACCGACUUUAGUUCAAACGCAGGUAGAAGGUGGAUCGACAUUAUUCAAAUUCGACUAUUUUGGUGAACCAUCGUAUCUUACACAGUCGUCACAACUCUAUUUAGAAACUUGCAUCCCGCCCUUGGCGAUGUCUUUUGCAUUGCUCAGUCUUACAGGUGUAGCAGAAAAAUCUCGUACUCGUCGACAUUUGGCGGAGUAUGCACAUGUUGAAGCUGAAUGCCCCUUCAUAACGCUAGAUGAUUUAAUGAUGAAAAUUGAAGAACUGGUUUGCGAUACAGUCGAUCGACUUCUGGCUGAUGAAGAAGCGAGAAAAUUAUUAGAACACGUUAAUCCGAAAUUUGAACCGCCAAAACGACCAUUUUUAAGAAUGCAAUACAAAGAUGCUAUCAAAUGGUUGCAAGAACACAACGUUCAGAAUGAAUUUGGUAACAGUUUUAGUUACGGUAAUGACAUCGCUGAAGCUGCAGAACGUUACAUGACUGAUACUAUCAACAAGCCAAUUCUACUGAACCGUUUUCCAAGCGAAAUUAAGGCAUUUUAUAUGCAGCGGGAUGCGCAGGAUAAUACCUUAACAGAAUCUGUCGAUCUUCUUAUGCCUGGCGUUGGUGAAAUUGUUGGGGGCAGUAUGAGAAUUUGGAAGUUCGAUGAGCUUUCGAAAGCAUUUGAAAAUGCGGAAAUCGAUCCGAAACCAUACUAUUGGUACUUGGAUCAAUGUCUAUUUGGCGCUUGUCCACAUGGUGGCUAUGGACUUGGUUUAGAACGUUUUAUUUGUUGGUUAACGAACACCUAUCACAUUCGGGAUGUGUGUCUCUAUCCACGCUUCGUUGGUCGAUGCGCUCCAUGA